UAAAAGGAGCUAUUAGUGCAACCGAGCGGGUAUGAGAUCAGACCGCCGUUUGCGUUCGUGACCAUGAAUACGUCAACAAGUUUCCGAGUGCGUCUUCCAGCAUUGGUGUUAGUGUUGGAAGUGAUCAUCUUGACUCUAUAUGCCGUCUUUGUCACUUACGAUGACGACGCCAAUGCCAAGAUGCAAAACAAUGAGACCGAGGCGAUGGACAACAGCGUGUAUCACGACUAUCCUUUCUUCGCCGACGUCCAAGUGAUGAUCUUCGUCGGCUUCGGCUGCCUGCUGGCCUUCUGCCGCUUCUACGGCUUCAGCGGAAUGGUCUUCAAUUUUCUUACGGCCACCUUUGCCAUCCAGUGGGCAAUCGUCAUCCAAGGCUUCUUCCAGUUUUACCACGACGGCAAAAUCCACCUGAGCGUCGUCAAUCUUUUGUAUGCAGAAUUUGCAUGCGCUGUGGUGCUCAUCUCCUUUGGGGCCGUGCUUGGGAAGACCAGUCCGGUGCAGCUCCUGGUAAUGGCUUUGCUGGAGAUCCCCGUGUUUGCUGUGACAGAGUGGGCUGUAUUGAAAUACAUCCGGAUAAAUGACGCCGGCGGCAGCAUUCUUAUUCACUUGUUUGCCUGCUACUUUGGUCUCAGUGUGACUUUUGUGCUGUACCGCCCGGCCCUCUGUAACGGCCACUCCAAAGAAGUCACCAGUUACCAUUCUGACAUCCUCUCAAUCAUGGGAACCUUGUUCCUCUGGGUGUUCUGGCCUUCCUUCAACUCUGCGCUCACCUUAAAAGGCGACGAUCAACACCGAGCGAUCCUGCACACUUUUAUCGGUCUGAGCUCAUCCACUCUCACGGCGUUCGCACUUUCCGCAGUGUUCAAUAAGAGAGGCAAGCUCACAAUGGCCGACAUCCAGAACGUGACUUUGGCAGGUGGUGUGACAGUUGGAGCGUCAGUGGACAUGAUGAUUUCUCCUUCAGCCGCCUACGCUUUGGGCAUCAUGGGCUGUGUCACUUGUUUCUUUGGGUACAAGUACCUCAGCCCCUUUUUAGCACGAAACUUGAAGAUCCAAGACCAGUGUGGCAUUCACAACCUACACGGACUCACGGGGCUCAUUUCAUCCACGGCCGGAAUCUGUGCCAUCCUGCUAGCGACCGAGGAAACCUACGGACCCAGCAUGUACCAGAUCUUUUCCCACUGCGCUCCACCUGAGGGCGAUCCAAAACUGCUGGAGCUUCAGAUGCUGAUCCCCGGGUUGAAGCCGGGCUUGGGGCGUACGGUACAAGAGCAGGCUCUCUACCAAGUGGCAGCGAUCUUUUCCACCAUUGCACUUGCUACUGUUGGUGGACUGCUGACCGGUUUGGUCUUGACACUGCCAGUCAUGGCUUCGCCAUCGGAUGAAGACUGCUUUGAUGAUGAGGCGUUCUUUGAUUUGCCUCCAGAUUUUAAUGUACCGGAAAAUAUCAAGAACUCUCUCACCUGCAAUGAAGUUGGUGUCCAUAGAAAUAAAUUAGCUCCAUAAAGUCUGAGCAGACACGCUGAUGUUUCCCUGCCAUUGUUUACAUAUAAUAUGAGUCAACCAAUGUGUAAACUUC